AUGGCUAAGGCUAUGCUUCAUGAGAAGGGGCUGCCUUAUUACUUAUGGGCAGAAGCUGUACACACUGCAGUGUACAUUUUGAACAGGUGUCCUACCAAGGCUCUUAGAGACAAGACUCCUUUUGAAGCGUAUAGCACAAGAAAACCAGGUAUUGUUCAUUUGAAGGUAUUUGGCAGUGUGUGUUUUGUGCAUAAACCAGAAGAAAGUAGACAGAAAUUGGAUGCCAAAAGCACAAGGGGAGUGUUUGUUGGAUAUGCAACAUGUGAGAAGGGUUAUAGAGUGUUUGACCCUGCCACUAGAAAACUUAUACUGUCAAGAGAUGUUGUUUUUGAUGAAGGAGCAACCUGGAAUUGGAAGGAAGCAACUGAAAAUUCUGUGAUAAUGGUAAAUGAAGAAGGGCAACCUAGGAAUUCUCAAGUGGAAGUGUUUGAGACACCUGCAGGAAAUCAAAAUUCUGGUUUCAGACCUAUAGAUUCAGUUUCCUAUGAAGAAUCAAGCAAGGCAAGCAGCAGAUUGGAAGACACUCAGAACUUUGAUCAUACUCCAUUGAAAUGGAGGAAGUUGGAUGAUAUUUUAGCACAAUGCAAUCUGUGUGUAAUGGAACCUGAGAAGUUUGAAGAAGCUGUGAAGGAUGAGUCAUGGAUGAAGGCAAUGAAAGAUGAGUUGAACAUGAUAGAAAAGAAUGCUACAUGGGAACUUGUUGACAGACCUAUGGAUAAACCAGUGAUUGGAGUUAAAUGGGUGUUUAAAACUAAGUUAAAUCUGGACAGUUCAGUUCAGAAGAAUAAAGCAAGACUGGUGGCUAAGGGAUACUCACAAAAACCAGGGGUGGACUACAAUGAAACAUUCGCACUAGUGGCUAGAUUAGACACAAUCCGGACUCUAAUUGCACUUGCAGCUCAGAAGGGUUGGCAGCUGUAUCAAUUAGAUGUUAAGUCAGCUUUUCUAAAUGGUAUCUUAGAGGAAGAAGUGUAUGUAGAUCAGCCGAAAGGAUUUGUGUUGAAGGGGAGUGAAAGCAAGGUUUACAAGCUGCACAAAGCUCUAUAUGGCUUGAAACAAGCGCCAAGAGCUUGGUAUAGUGAAAUUGAUGGUUAUUUUGCUGAGUGUGAUUUCACAAAGAGCCAAAGUGAGGCUACUCUUUAUGUCAAAGCAAGAGGUGAAGCAAGCAUCUUGAUAGUAUCCAUUUAUGUAGAUGAUAUUGUCUACACUGGAAAUGAUCAAGAAAUGUUAGAAGCUUUGCAAGAAGGAACUGUGGAUCUGAUUUAUUGUCCCACAAAUGAGCAGUUGGCAGAUAUCUUUACAAAGGCUUUGGUUAAGGAUCAUUUCUGCUAUCUCAGAGAGAAACUUGGUGUGAAAUCAGCUCACAACUUAAAGGGGAGUGUUGAAAUGUAA